AUGCCAGAGGAAUCCCAGAAGAGAAAGCGGGCCAAGACUGGCUGCUUGACCUGUCGUGCCCGUAAAGUCAAGUGCGACGAGACCCGGCCGCGGUGCAUCCACUGCGGAAACCUUGGGGUGGAGUGCCGCUGGCCCGAACCUACAAUCAAACGUUUCUGUCGUGUCUCAACGCCGUCUUGCAACACACAGGGCCCUCAAUCCAUCGCUACGGGAGGUCCCCGAUUGUCUGCAUGCUUCUCUUGUCGUUAUGCCCGCUCGAAGUGCUCCAAAGAUCGACCGAUAUGCGCCCGCUGCCGUGCUCAAGGACACGAGUGCAAGUAUCCCGAGCCCCAGGGGUCCCACUCUCUCACAUCCUCGGCGCAGUCCUGGAUGAGGAGACUCCAAACGGCGGAGCUGGGCAACUCCGCCGAGCUCUCGCGUCCAAGAGCCCUCACCAGCCUCACUAACUCACCAGAACCAGAGUCUACAACACAUCCCAAGACUACUGAUGGUCAACGGCCGGCAAUGCGGCCAGUCGAUGCCAGUCCCCCAGAGACAUCUGAUAGGCUAGACGAUGUUGUCUCCGCUCCUUGUGGAAGCCAGUCAUCCCCACCACAAGCUGCAGCAGGUGCCGUCGUGAGGCUGGGCCCUUGCAGGAGCAUUCUACCCAGCCAAGAUAAUAUUGAGCGUCUUGCUGUCGCUUUCUUCCGACACGUCCAUGUAUACCGGGCGAAUGCCUUUCUGCAUAGGGAUCAGACUCUGAUGGCUAUUCGUGACGGCACACUCGGUACCCCGGUCGUCCUGGCCCUGUGUGCCGUCGGGGCGCGCUUCACCACUCCGCCCCAACCAGACGACGUGGUCAUCAGCUGGGCCACCGAAGCGGCCAACUGGGUCACAACAGCGACCGAGGUCUCACGAAAUCACGUUGUGGUCGCCCUUUUGCUCGCUAUCUACAUGCAGCAAGCUGGUCGAUUUGCCCAAUCUCAUCUUUGGUCAUCCAUUGCCAAUAGCCACGCAGUAAGUCUGGGUCUUCAUCGCGAGCCCUCACCUGGCACCUCUUCUUUUGUUGAAAGUGAACGCGACCGGCGCCUGUUUUUCGCCUGCUAUGCCAUUGGCCGUUUUAUAUCCAAUGGAGCUCCAGAGACAAUUCAAUGCCCUGCGUCCCGUAUCAAAUUGCGGCUGCCAUGUGACGGCUUUAAUUAUCGCCACGACGUGAGCAUCGAGACACCUUAUGCGACGCUCGAGUCAGACGAGCCAGAGACCCCAGGCCCAAAAGGAAUGCAGCGGAAUGUUGGGGCCAUGGGAUUUUGGGUGCGACUUGUGAGCGUGAGAAUGAAAAUUAAGCGCUACUUCCAUUCCCUGACGGAAGACAAGGAAGAACGACGCACACAUCACCAACCUAGUGCCAUUGGCCCGGCACUUGCCCCAUGGGGUGCUUCCUCCCCAUUCGCGGUGUGUUUGGCACAGUUGGCCUCCCUGUCCGAGUCUUUGCCCCCGCGGCUGCAGCUCUCCCCCGAGUUGGUGCGUCGACAACACGAUGCGCCUGUUUUGGGUCAGAUUGUCAUGUUUUAUCUCUGGUGGAACGAAUGCCACCUGGAGCUUUACAGCAUCGCUCUUCACGGAUAUCCCCAGUCCCUAGAUCCGACGGGCAUGUCAACCGCGCCUGCUGGCUGGAUUGACCAGGCCCGUCACAACUGCUUGCGGUACGCCCAGGCUAUCACGGAUGUUUUAGACCUCGUGGACCGGGAAAUGCCUCGCCAGCCGUUGACUAUCUUUGAUCACACUAUUGCGCACGUGGUUUAUUUGUCUCUACGGGUACAAUUGGAGCUCCUGAUGCCGACACUCAAGGAUGGCGGGAUGCGUCUUGAAUUAGAGAAGAAAUUCGACAUGAUGCUGAGGUUCAUACAAAGAACAAGUAGAUACUUCCAUCAAGUGUCCUUGGUCCUUCAGGAGAUGCGCCGUAUGUUAGCAUGCCACGAGCUUGCCUCGGGAACUUUCGAGAGCGAGGAUGCAAAUUCUCAGACUGCCUCUUUGCCUUGGUUCUGCCGUCAAAAGGCGCUGGACUCCAGACGAGCAGCCGAGCAAGCUGAUCUAAGUGCAACACACCUCGAAGCAAAUCUCGCUGAAAUUCUGCCUGAUUGUAUCCCCUUUGGCACUAUGUCUUGGGUUCGCGGGUACGACGUCGAUGAUUCUUGCCGACUUCCCGAAGCAGCAGAAGCGUCGUGGGAUAUCUUGCCCAAUCUGUGGAUAGGAGGCUCGCACACUGGGCAAACAAAUAACAACCUUGUUACAGCUAUGACUGAUUUCAGCAGCCUCAGUGUAUUCAAUUCCUGGGAACGGAUGGAUCCUAGCGGGACUGGAUCUCGAUUUGAUCCACUGCUUCCUAGUCCCUCGUUCGCGCAUUCCAAUGCAACGGGGCCCUGUGGAAAUUCAAACGUCAUUUCUUCGGACGCUUCCUUCUCUUUGAAUUCAUUGGACACGUAG